AUGCUCACCGUAGAUGAUGUACUGGAGCAGGUCGGGGAGUUCGGCUGGUUCCAGAAGCAAACCUUCCUGAUCCUGUGCCUGCUCUCAGCCGCCUUCGCCCCCAUCUAUGUGGGCAUCGUCUUCCUAGCCUUCACCCCGGACCACCGCUGCUGGAGCCCGGGGGUGGCGGAGCUGAGCCGGCGAUGCGGCUGGAGCCUGGCGGAGGAGCUCAACUACACGGUGCCGGGCCCGGGGCCCGAGGGCCAGUGCCUCCGCUACGAGGUGGACUGGAACCAGAGCGCCCUUGGCUGCCUGGACCCGCUGGCAGGCCUGGCCACCAAUGGCAGCGCCCUGCCCCUGGGCCCCUGCGCGCAGGGCUGGGUAUACGACACGCCCGGCUCCUCCAUCGUGACCGAGUUUAACCUGGUGUGUGAUGACUCUUGGAAGGUGGACCUCUUUCAGUCCUGUGUGAACUUGGGCUUCUUCCUGGGCUCUCUGGGAGUCGGCUACAUCGCAGACAGGUUUGGCCGCAAAGUGUGCCUCUUGGCCACCACCGUCACCUGCGCCAUCUCGGGUGUCCUGACGGCAGUGGCUCCAGACUACACGUCCCUGCUGCUUUUCCGCCUGCUGCAGGGGCUGGUCAGCAAGGGCAGCUGGACGGCUGGCUACACCCUGAUCACAGAGUUCGUGGGCCUGGGCUACAGACGGACGGUGGCGAUCCUCUACCAGACGGCCUUCACCAUUGGGCUUGUGCUGCUCUCCGGACUGGCCUACGUCCUCCCGCACUGGCGCUGGCUGCAGCUGGCCGUCUCCCUGCCCAUCUUUCUGCUCCUCUUCUGCUACUGGUUUGUGCCCGAGUCCCCCCGAUGGCUGUUAUCGCAAAAGAGAAACACUGAGGCGAUAAAGAUCAUGGACCACAUUGCCCGAAAGAACGGGAAGCUGCCUCCUGCCGACCUGAAGAUGCUGUCUCUAGAGGAGGACGUCACUGAGAAGCUGAGCCCCUCAUUCACAGACCUGUUCCGCACGCCCAUCCUGAGGAAGUACACCUUCAUCCUCAUGUACCUGUGGUUCACCAGCUCCGUGGUCUACCAGGGCCUCAUCAUGCACGUGGGUGCCACUGGCGGGAACCUCUACCUGGACUUCCUCUACUCUGCUCUGGUUGAGUUCCCCGCGGCCUUCAUCAUCCUCAUCACCAUCGACCGCUUCGGCCGCCGCUACCCGCUGGCCACGUUCAACCUGGUGGCCGGGCUGGCCUGCUUCCUCAUGAUCUUUAUCCCACAUGAUCUGCCCUGGUUGAACAUCACGAUAGCUUGUGUCGGCCGAAUGGGGAUCACCAUCGUGUUCCAGAUGGUGUGCCUGGUCAACGCCGAGCUGUUCCCUACAUUCAUCAGGAACCUUGGCAUGAUGGUGUGUUCCUCCCUGUGUGAUGUGGGUGGGAUUCUCACCCCAUUCCUGGUCUUCAGGCUGAUGGAGGUUUGGCAAGGCUCGCCGCUCAUUUUGUUUGCGGCCUUGGGGCUGGUUGCCGGGGGAAUGACGCUGCUUCUUCCGGAGACCAAGGGGGUCACUUUGCCAGAGACCAUUGAGGAUGCUGAAAAUCUGCAGAGGAAAGUAAAACCCAAAGAACACAAGAUUUACCUGCAGGUUCAAACAUCAGAACUCAACACACAGGCGCCCGAGAGAGAUGCUUCGCAGGGGAACGUGCGGCAGGAAUGA